UUCUGGAGGGAAGACGUACGGUGCCAUUAUGCCCCUGCACAGGGUCCCACUGAGGGGGGAGUUUCCAUUCCAGAAGGUUACGGUUAUAUUGCUGUGUCUGGCUCAUACUGUAGUAACUGAGCCUGGGGUAAAAUGCAAGCUCCUAGGGCCUCCCGUUAUAGGGGGCAAUGCUACACUGAGGUGCCACCUCCCAGGAUCCUUUGAGGUUCUGCAGGUAACCUGGCAAAGGAGCAAAGAUGGCUUCCGAGAAAAGAUUGCUACCUACAGCAAAAGGUAUGGGGUUAAUGUACUGAGCCCCUUUACCAAACGUGUAGAGGUCAACACAGACCCAAAAAAGUCAUCCAUGAAGGUUUCUGCACUGACAGAGGAGGAUGAAGCCUGUUAUAUUUGUGUCUUCAAUGUCUAUCAGCACGGAGCCUACACUGGGCAAGUCUGUCUCCCUGCCCUGGUUUCAAACAAUGAAUUUAUUUGCUCUGCUGAUGGGUCUCAAGAGCAUAUCCCCAAAAUAACCCUGAAUCCCCCCAAAACCAACACUGACCCUACACUACAGUCAGAAGGUGGAAUAAUAAGGGCCAUACGGAAAGGCACCCUUAGAGAAAGAGAGAAUCUGACCUGUACUUUCCAGCUGCUCAGGAUGGGCCGGCAGAAACAGGAUAUUACAGAAGAAAUACCUGGGGACACUGCAUCACCUUCUACAACAGAGGUUGAAGUCUCACUACCCAGUAAUGCCAUAGGACCAGAAGUUCUGAAUGCUUUGGGAAGUCUUGUAGAAAAAUGCCUGAAGCCCACACAGCCAUUUACUGGAUUUGGGUACCGCAAAUUACGUUUCUUUUCCGGCAAGCAACCCACCCCUCAGGGAGAGGAAGAUUUUGAAUCAUGGAUGGAUCAGGCUUCACAGGCCGUAGAAGAAUGGGACAUCCCAGAAACCCAAAAAAAACAAAGAAUAGCUGAAAGUUAA